AUGUUGUACCCACAGAAGUGGAAGGUGCCCAAAGACAUACUCGAUGACGACGCACCUCCAACCGACUAUGAAGGCACGCUGCUGGCUCAAGCUCGGGACCAGUAUCACGCAAAGCUGAACCCCAUCCAAGUAAGGACACUCGGACGCGACGCUUUUGAAUUGGCCAUGCCUCGCGCAUACUGGCUUGAACAAUUCUUCCUAUCGUCCCAACUCAUAGUUAUCGAGCCAUCGGAGGAUAGCUGGCAGCGGGUGCAAAGCGCAAUGGAACACCACGAGGGCCACGACUACGAUAUGGAUAUCUUGAACAAGGUGUUCGGUGCCUCGACUUCAGUGAUACCGCAUCGUAGAUACGAUCUUUUGACCGGUGAAUUUCGCCACCAGAUUGAUCAGCACGAGGCCUACCUCGGCUCGCCGACAGAAAGAUGGAACGGACGGGAUGCGGUGAAAGAAGCCAAGUUCGUCCACUUUUCAGACUGGCCGCUGCCAAAACCGUGGUUGAACGCGACAGAGGAUCAGGUCGCAAGACAACAACCGUCAUGCCGAUCGUUAUCAGAAGGCGAGUUGGAUUGUACAGACCGGGAAAUGUGGUUGGAGCUUCGCAGAGACUUCUCGGAGCGACGUCUGCGGGUGUGUGGAAAGGCUUACGACAACAUUUAG